AUGAAAAGGAUUACCAGGGAAGACAUACUUUUGAAAUAUAAGGAUAAAGAUGAUUUUGUUUAUUACCAUUUGCAUAACAUAUUAACCCUCAAGCCGUUUAACGAACUUAUAGAAUAUGAAAAUGGGGACACUUACAUAGGAACAACAGAAAAAAGACGAAGACACGGCUAUGGUUAUUACAUAUACAAGGAUAGUAAGUCCAUAUAUCAAGGGAUAUGGAAGGAAAACACAAAAAGCGGCUUUGGGAUACUCUACAAUGAAAAGGAAGUUAUUUAUUCAGGCGAAUGGCUAAACAACAUUUCACAUGGUUUUGGAUGCAGCUACAAAAAUGACGAAUUAUUUUUUGGUGGUUACAAAUACGGUUUAAUGAAUGGUGUGGGAAUAUUAAAAAAAAAUACUAGUUUUAAUUUUUGCUUAUUUCAAUCGAACAGGAAAAAAUGUCUAAUUAAAAUUACGAAAUAUAUGAAAAUUUAUUUAUAUCUUUAUAAAAAUAACAAAAUUCUUUUUAAGGAAAAAUUAAAUGAUUUUUUCCCAUUUUAUAUGAACAGUAACAUUCCGAAUAUUUUACAUGAACAAAUUUUUCGUAAAUUAUUAAGUGUAGAUGAAUGGUCUCGUAUCCUUUCUUCGAAAUAUUAUAAAGUAAUAAAUACUAAACAGCAAAAUUCCCCCGGAAAAAAUGACUUUUUAAGUUACAUAAACUACAAAUCACGAAUAAUAUUCCGAAAGGGAAUGAGUAAUGAAACGGAAUUACCAAAAGAGGAAAAUAAAGAUUUUAAUGUUCAUCAUUACGAAUAUGCAUGGGGGAAUAGAAGCGAUGCGCCUCUAAGAUGCAAUGAUAAGCUCGAUGUAGAAACAACCCGUGAUGCUAACAAUGAAAUAAGUAAUUCUAACGACAGUCAAAAUGAUUUCCUGUCUUAUAAUAACCUAUUAGGAAGUUUUUACUCUUUAAGAACAAUGUCCAAACUUGCUAGUGAAAAAUGUGAUAUUUCAUAUAAUUCAUGUACAGAGGAUGAAGAAAGAAGAUUCCAUAAUUCAUCCUUACAAUUAAAUAAGAUGGUACCUUGUGAAAGUUUUAAUGAAAAACAUUUAUAUUACAGAAGCGAUUCCAGUAGUAGUACUAGCGACUUUUAUAUGGAUGUAACAUUCGAAAGCUCCUCCAGCUUUCCCAGUUUUAAAAAGAAAAGCAAAAUAAAGAUUCCCUAUCGUCAUAUUAGCAUAUAUGGUAAUAGCAAAAUAAGGACAGGGAAAAGAAGAAAGAAAAAAGAUAAGAAAAAAUAUUAUAAAUUACUCAUUGGAGAAUAUAAUAGAAAACGUUCUCAAUUGAAACUAGAUGGCUACGAGAAUUGUACUACCAUUGCGGGGGUAAAACGAAAUGAAAAUGUAUUGAACAGUGUUAGAAGUAAUGCAUAUAGUAAUAAUAAUAACAGUGGAAAUGGCAUCAAUGGAAAUGGUAUCAAUGGAAAUAGUAUCAAUGGAAAUAGUAUCAAUGGAAAUAGUAUCAAUGGAAAUGGUAUCAAUGGAAAUGGUAUCAAUGGAAGUGAUAAUAAUAAUAAUAAUAGUAAUAGUAGCACCGAUAAUAAUGAUACUACAUUUGCAGGUAACAAUAUUUAUUCGUCGAAAAAAGGAAAAAAGGCUUCAACGUACUUGCAUUUUUUAACUUAUUUAAAAGAGAUAAAUAGAAAAAAAAAAAUUGAAUGCAUAUAUCAGUGGCACAAGCAUCAUGUUUCAAUUUUGUUGUACCUCUUUAAACUUCAUAAAUAUAUACCUUCAUUUAAUUACAAUAAUAUUAAAGGUUUCCAUUUUUUUACAUUGAACAGUAAAAUAUUAAGACAAUUGGGUGUACAAAAUAAAGAGCACAUAUAUUUUUUAAUGAAUUUUAUUAAUAUAUUUAACAACAUUCAUAAUGUCUAUUUGCAGAUGUUAAUAAAAUGGACACAUGUAAAGAAAGACUUUUUGUUAACGUAUAAUUCUUUAAAUAAAAAAAAAUUUUGUAUUCUUAAAAAUUUACGGAAUGCUCCUAACAUGUACCUGUGCUAUUAUCAUAAUGCUCCUGUCUGCUUAAAAAUCGUUUCAAGUAAAACAAAGAAAACAUCCCAUGCAAAAAAUUGUAAAAAUGAACAAAUUAAGUUGAACAAAUACGCAGAAGGGGAUUGUUCUACCAUAUAUAUGCAUGAACAAGAGGAUGGUUUUGAUGGGGGCACAAGGGGUAAGCGGAUAGCAGCACAUUAUGAUCGCGAAAAAGCCAAAAUUAACAUGGACAUAGAAGCGAAAAUAAUAGACGAUACGAAGGGAAUAGCUCGUUGUGAAUGUACUACUACAGAUUGUCCUGAAUAUAGUGAAAUAAAAGCUGCACAUGAAUUAGGACAAUAUGAUGAGGGGCAGGGAAGUGAUGGGAAGAACGGAAAGAUUGACGAGAUGAAUGGAAAGAAUGGAAGGAAGAAUGAUGAAAAGGAUAUAACGUGCGUCUCCACCAACUUUAAGAAUGACCUUUUAAAUGCUGCACAGAAUUUUUUAUUCAAUGAAAAAUUGAAGAUAAAUUUUAUGCACAAUUUUGAAAAUAUAAAAAAAAAUGUGUUAAAAUUUGAGAUGAAAACAAAACAUAAAAAUGAGGAGGAGAGCAUAUAUGCGCGAAGGAGUGAUAUGAACGCUAGUAUACAUCCCCCCAAUUAUGAUAAUACCAUAUUAGAGAAUAAAAGAUACGUUCAGGAUGUGUAUAAUGAGAAGUUGUUGACUGGGCAGUAUACAAAAGUUAUAAAGGUAGUCAAUUAUGGAUAUCAUAAGAAUGUAAGUGGGUCAGACACAAACAACACAACAAAUAGCAGUAUGGAUGACAGUGGAAGUAGCAAAAGUGAUUAUAAUAAUGAUGUAAAUAAUUAUAUAGAAAAAUUAAAAUGCAAAAUGGCAUUUAUAAAAGAACAUUUUAUUAUUUCCAAUUUAAGACAUGCAAAUUUUGUUAAAUAUAUAGGUAAUAUUACAAGUAGGAAAAAAGAAAAAUUUGGACUAGUUUUCGAAUACUUGAGAGGAAAAUAUUUACACGAUUUUAUAUAUUAUAGUAAGAGUAAAAAAAAAAAAUGUACGUUAAAAAAUAGAAAAAUUAUAAAACUGUUUUAUGAAAUCUCGGUAUCAUUACGUUACAUGCAUGAUAAGUACAUAUACCAUGGAAACAUUAAUAGUAAAAAUAUAUUUAUAACAAACAAAGGGAAUAUAAAAAUUUGCAAUUUUCAGUACUCUUCCAUAGGAAGUUAUUACGACUACAAAGGAAACACCGGAGGGAGGUGCGACGCCUUCGGAAAGCAUAAUAGCAGCAAUGUAAGAAGGAACAUGAGCAGUAAUAACGAUAGCAAUAGCCGUAAUAGUCGCAGUAGCUACAAUUUUUUGUGUGACAAAAUGUGCUUACCCCUUCCAUACAUAACAUCAGUGAACUACACACGGGGUGCCAAUGUUAAAUCAUCUCCUUUGCUGCAAUUUCAUACAUUCACAUUUGAUAACAGGAAAGCGAACUAUGCGGAUGAUGCAUAUGUUGCUCCCGAAGUUUUAAGGGAAGAAGAAUAUACAGAUAAGAGUGAUAUAUACUCCUUCGGGAUAUUAAUGUAUGAAGUUCUUUUUGAAACCUUACCUUUCAAAAAUGAAAGCAUUCCAUUAUUUUUUCUGAUUUCUACAGGUUAUUAUCAAAAAUAUAUUAAUUUCGAUAUAAAUAAAUUAUACUCAAAAUUUGAUGGUGAUGAUGGCGAUGCGGAUAACAUGUUUCACGUUUCUAUAAAUAUUAUGUUAAUAAUUAAAGAGUGCCUUAACCCAGAACCCUGCAACAGACCCAGUUCAAAAUACUUAUGCAGCAGCUUUAAAUAUUUGCUCGAUUUGCUUACAAUGCAGGAUAUUAGCAAGUAG